CGCACGCGUCGCUGUCGCGCGCCUGGGGUUUUCCUAGGGUUUUGUUUUUACCAACCCCAGCCGGGGGAGCGCGGAGGUGGCGGCGGCGGCGGAGAUGGACGGGGAGGAGAUUGGCCUGGUCCUCGCCCGCGCCUCGGACCUCCGCACCAGGAUAUCGGCCUGCGCCGCUGCCGCGGCGGGGGCGCCGGGUCCGCGGCGGGACGAUGAGGAGGCAGCGAAGCGGUUGGACGCGGCGGAGGGCGAUGAGGAGGGAGCCGAGGAAGAGGAGGAUGAGGAGGAGGAGGUGGAGAGCCUUGUCGGCAUCAGCGACGCGCUCGAGUCGCUCGAGCGGCAGCUCGCCGCCCUUCAGGAUCUCCAGCACCAACAAAGAUACGAACGGGAAACCAUCUUGAGCCAGAUCGACCGAAGCCGGAGGUCCCUGCUUGCCAAGCUCAGAGAGUACAAAGGGCAGGACUGCGAGGUGAUCCACGAGGCUGCCGCCUUCGCUGGCGAGAGAAUAGAGCGCGACGACAGCCUCGUCCUGCCUCCUUACUCGGACCAUGUCACCAACUCGUUCGCGCUCGACGACCUGUACCCUCUGAGCUACAUGUCCAAGCCCAAGCGCCUGCACACUCAACCAGACUCCGAGGACGACGGGACUGCGCAGGACGACGCGAGAAGGAACGGGCGUGAGAGCAGAGAUACCAGGGCCUCGAAACGCGGCUCGGGAGGCGGAGGGGGAGGAGGAGGAGGAGGAGGCAUCGGAGCCUUCAUGGGAUGGGUGGCUAAAACGGCGGUCAUGGUGGUGGGCGCCGUCUGUGUCAUGAAGGCCGCUGGAUACGAGUCCGUGACGUGGAGGAACGGCGGCGCCAGGCUGGACAUUGCGGGUCUGUUCGGUGGCGGUGGUGGUAAGCAGGCGGUGGCGGCGGGCGGCGGAGAUGAGCGGCGCGCUCCUCUGCGGUGCCCUCCCGGCAAAGCGAUGGUGGUCGAGAACGGCAGGGCGCGUUGUGUCGUGAAGGAAAGGGUGGAGGUGCCGUUCGACGCCGUCCUGGCACCGCCGAGUUCGAGGUACGGUUUAGGCUGAAGCCCACUCUCCCCCGCUGCGCCCGCGCCUGUGUGUGUGAAUAGUAGUAGUAGGGUGUAGCUCUAUCUAUGUGGUGCGGGAGUUGCUUAGUAGCUGCUGGGGAACGGUUCUUUGUAGAACGUGUUGCUGGGAGCUUUGUUUGUUAAUUCUGCGUUUGGUGCUGAGCAUUGGGCAGCCUGGAGAUGUUGAGGCUAUGUAUCAUGGAGAAGAAUAAACCCUUGUGCUCUCACACUGGCGUUGUGGUGAGCAGUGAGCUCUUCUAUUAUCCGGCAUGUCUGGCACUAUAUGAGCCAAUCACUGUACCAUUG